GGAAUAGUCCUGUGAUCAAACUAUCAUGGCGACUUCCAGUGAGAAUUGUCGAAGUCGAAAUAUUAACUUUACUUUCAUUAUGUACAUAUCUGUCACAUUUUAAGAAUGUAUUACCUUAAUUUUUAAAUUUCGCAAUAGGAAAUAGCAUUUUUGAAACAUGGAGCCAGAGAACCUACAGCACAACAGGGAAAACCCCAAAGAUAGAAAAGCUAUACAAGAAGUUAUUAACAAAGUAAAGUCGCAAGGUCUAUUUGAUCAAUUCAGAAAAGAAUGUCUUGCUGAUGUUGACACUAAGGUAAUUAUUAAAAACACGCCCAUAAGGCUCUAUAAAUUUUAAAUCUUUUUUGUUUAAUCUAAAGUUUUAUAAAAAAAAUUAUAUUUGAAAGACAAAGAUGCAUAGUAUAGUAUAAUAGACAGUCUAGUUUUACAAGAAGUUUCACACAGUACAAUCAGUAAGUGUAGUGUGUGUAAAUUUGUGUCCAAAUGUUCAACAUCAAGAUUCAUUUAUUUAUUUAAUAUGAAAUAAAUUAUUAGUAGCCUAAGUAUUACUAGUAUUAUUGUAAUUAGAGUAGAAGUAUGACUAUACUUUGAAUUUUCUACUACUAAUACGGCUGGCCUACGUUAUAUUUUCUAUAGUCUAUAUAUAUUAAUAUAUAUUUGUAGAAGCUGGGGCAGCCAACGCAACCAACUUGUGCAUGUAAAAUACGGGAAGAGGUUCAUAAUCUAUCAAAAUCAUGUGCUUGAUUAUGUACGCACCAAAAGCACACAAAAGAACACAUUCAUUACCCACCAUUCCUUCCAUGCUGUUUGACAGCUUGUGGUAUCUCUACUAAGCAUUAGUUGGUGGAUAUAUGGAUCGCCAUCUGGAAUCCCCAGGGCUAAUACUAUAGUCAUCAUCAUGUCCUUUAGUCCUUGGACCGUUGGGGCGCCACAGAUGAUAUGAAAACUAUCCUUCUCCAUUCCUCUGUUUUCUGCACUUCACACAGCAACGUCUAGUUUUACUCCCGUCCACUCUUUAAUGUUAUCUUCCCAUCUUUUUCUCUGUCUUCCUCUUCUUCUCCCUCCUCUCAUUGUGCCCUGCAUGAUUUCUUUGGCUCGAGCCCUUGUUUUCUUGUUACGUGGCCAUACCAUUCCAGUUUGCAAUUUUUUACAGUCACCAGGAGCUCAUCAUAUUGCCCAAUUGCUUGGCGCAUCCUUUCUUUCACUUGUUCAUUAGAGAUAUGGUCCCUAUAGCAGAUUCCAAGAAUGCUUCUGAAACAUCUCAUCUCCAUCGCCUUUAUUUUUCUUUCAAGUUCUGCUGUUAAUGUCCAGGACUAGCAGGCAUGCUAGAAAAUAGAGAGGACUAAUGCCUGAUUUUGGUGCUAAAGAACAUUUCAAAAUAAACUUUAUUUUGAAAUGUUCUUUAUUAUAAAGGAUAAAAAUUGAAAUAAUAAUAUUUCAUAGUUUACUGCAAAAACUUUUGCUUAUAGACUUAUUAGGCCGUAAAAACUAUUUAAAGGAGGUUAAACUUUAUCUCGGUCUCAAUAAGAUUAAGUCUACUCUAGGAAGGAAAGAAAUGGAUUGUCUGGGUCGGAGAACUCUUCUGUGUUUGAGGGAUAUUUUUCUUGUUUACAAAUUGUUCAUUGUGUUGUGUUAACUGACUUCUGAUUAACCUACCAAAAACAUGCCCCGCUGCAUAAGCAAAGGGAUAUAACUCCACUUUAAAAUGUGUAUGUUUAUUUUUUUUAAAAGAAGAAAACAAGCGAUGUUUUUUUUACAUUUUUAUUAAAUACGAAAGUGAAUUAAAUGUUAUUUUCACGAUAUAAAUAUGGUUAUUUAUGAAAUAACCUUUAAAUUAUAAUAUCGGUAGUUGACUGUCGCUGCAUUUUAAAAAAUUCACAAUGGUUACCAAAGCCCACUAGCAUUAUUGUCUACCUAUUUGUAACAGUAAUGAUUUUUAUAUAUAUCUUAAAAUCUAAAAUUAUCGCUUGCUUUCUACAUUAAUAAAAUCUAAAAUUAUCGCUUGCUUUCUACAUUAAUUUUAAUAAAUUCUACUUUGAUCUUUUCAAUUGUUUCAUCACCUACGCUUGCUUGUCUUGUGAAUUAAGAAGCUUGCCAUGAUUGCGCUUUUUAACGAAAGUUGAUAAAAACAUAGAUUUCUCUAUUUAAAAUAGUUCCACUCAUGAGUGCAGCUGUAAAUUUUAGCAGAUGAAUGUAUGGUAGUUUAGUUGCUAGACUGCCCAAAAGAGCAUAGUAUGUGAUGGUAGGUUUGACUUGCCUUUGCCUGGUGUUGUAAGCAGGAGGUGGUGGGAAUUUGGGAGGAGACAGCAGGCCCUAAAGGUAGUAGAGAGUUGAUGAAAAGUUGCUUAUUAUCACUCAUUAUAACAAACUAGAAAUGCCCCGAUCCCAUGACAAUGGCAGUGUUAUGAACUGGAUUUGGGAGCAUUAUUGUUUAUGAAAGUUGUUGAUUGUGAAUUGGUGAGAAGUUUUGUGAGGGUGAUUGCAAGGUUAGUUCGUAGAGUUAGUUUUGUGGAGUUCUAUUGUCAGUAUGGGAUUUAUUGGGAUGAGAGUGGUCUAAGGAUAAGAGCCAGUGUAGUUAAGAUUGUUGGAGAACAUUUUGUGGACUGCCAAUUGCGGUAAUAAUAAAGAAUUGUUAUACCAGACCUGUUUACUUACACAAUUUUGGUUGUACAGCGUAAGAUUUUGAGAUCUCUUUAUGAGUAUAGGAUAAGACCUGUCAGAACAACAAUUUUACGAGACCAGGUUAAAAAAUAUUCUGGUUGUUUUUUCAAUUAAAAAAAAAAAAUAAUAAUAAAACGUUUUCAGUUGUUAGUGUUAGUUCCUUUCUAUGGCUGGCGGUGAAUGCAUAGACAAAUAGGCUAAUAUAUAAUUAUUUCUCUUAGUAAACUAGGACUUCUAAAAAAAUUCCAACACUUGGAGUGUUUUUUUUUUUUUUAUACAAUUAUUGGUUGAGUAAAUUACCCAUUUGUUUUUUAAAAACAGGGCCCAGGGCUUAGGGACCUAUACCAGAAUGACAUAACAAUCCUUGUUGACACAAAUAACACACCAACAGAAUAAUUUGUAAUUUGUGUUUUUCUACAUAAAAAUGGGUAUAAAAGGGAAACAUCUUUGUCUAAAUUUUGAUUUCAUUCAUCAGUGUUUGAGGUACUUAUAUAUGCAGAAUUAUCACAAAUAAUAAUUCUCUAGGUAUGAAUGGAUAUGGCUGUAACGUUUUGUUUAAAAAAAAUUCCCAAAAGUUAGCACUGAUUUUGACUGAUUUCAGUACAAACGUACUCCACUAUUAUAUUAACACUACCUAGAAGUUAUGGCAAAACCAGUGGUGCCAGGUUAAAAUUAUGAAAACUCUUGUUUUAAAAACAAUUAUAAUAAUUAGGGAUGAAUCACAUUGUACAUUUUACAGUUUUUCACAUUUAAAAGUGCAUGAAUGUUUCAAAUAAAAAUUGUUUCUAGAGAAAUCGAAGGUUACCACAUUUCAAAUAAAAUAUAAUGAAUCUUACAAAAUAUAUAUUAACCGUAUUUAACAGUUAAUUCAACACUUAACUAUUUCUUUUUUUCAGCCUGCUUACCACAAUUUAAUACAGCGAGUAGAAAAAUUUGUGGAGAGAUUUCUAAAUAGUCAAAAAUGGACUUCAAAUGUAAACAAGAAUCAACUUAGGGAAACACUUCGACGACAAUUGAAUAAGUAUGAUUGGAUUCCUUCUGCUCAAAAUCUGAUUUCAUUUUUUUAAAAAUAAUUAUUCAUGUUUGACUACAGUUUCAAGAUAUUUCAAAUAAGUUUUUUCUACAUGUGCACUCUUCAUAAAUUGCUGUGGUUGAUUUUAUCAUUGUGUUUAAUAUGCACUUGUUUUAUAGUUUACCAGUGAAGGCAUAUUUAGAUUUUUAAUUACUUAAUUUUUUAAUUUUUUUUUUAGGAGAGCUCUAUUAUUUCAACCUGCUUGUGUUUAAAUUAACCAAAAAUUACCAAACAAUAUAAACAUGCAUUUCUUACAGCUCUGGUGUUAUGAGUAUAGGUGUUGAUCGUAUCAUUGAACAAGUGGUAAAUCCUAAGAUUUUGCUGGUAAGUCAACAUGUUUUAUUUUAUGCUCUAGUAAAUUCUAUUUAUAAAUAGGUCUUCUUUGUUCAAAUAACUAAAGUUAUUUUUUUUAAAAAGAAUUUUGAAAUAGAUCAUUUAUUUUGCCCCAUAACUUAAAAGCAUCAUUUUUCAUAUUGUCUUCUUCUUUUAUUACCCCUCUAAAUAUUAAUUACCAUAGAUUAAUAUUUUUUAAUUGUAAAUAUUAAAGUAACUACUGUGUCCUAAAUAUUGUGAUUAUAAUGUAUAAUCAAGGGGAUUGACCUGCGCCAUCCCCCCCCCCCUAUUAUUUACUCCAUGUGUCUGUUAUUUUUGUAUAUGUAUGAUUUAAUCCAAUGUUAUAUAUGGCAUCCUUCCGUCUUCGCAAGAUGUUUAAGUAGCUAUUGACACUUCAUAAAAUGGAUUAGGAGGCAAAUCCUGGAAUGGCAGUAUCAGCUGAACUUCUUGCAGAAAACCUUGACUCCUGGUUAAAUUUGGCCUUCCGUAAUGCUAUUUUUGUUGCAAGGGCUUUGUUUUGCUCAUCUUCUACCUGUUUGACUCCCUCAUACAUGGCUGUUUGUCAACCCGGAUAGUGCUCAUCGAUGAUCCCCCAUUAGUCCAAUUAGUCUUGUUUCUUCCCCUGCUAACUCUCCAUAUAGAAGAUUCUUUGGAAUACGGCCUUCCUUCUCUCUUCUUGCUAAGAGCAGAGGACAUGCUACAUAUUUUGGUAUGUUCCAAAACUUCUAUGUUGGGCACUUUGUCCUUAUCAAAAUGUGACGCAGACAUCUUUGGUUACAGCUGUAGAGUUUCCACUUAUGACUGGCAUAUAUGGUCCACACUUCACUGCCAUCUAGGUGCAUACUGAGCAGACAUGCCUGAUAGACGCAUAGUUUUGUGCUUUUGGUGAGAUUAGGAUUAUUCCACUCCCACUUAUUCAAUUAUUUAGACAUCGUUACUGCUGCUUUUGUGAUCCUGAUGUUCACCUCUUCUUCAAUGGAGAGUGAGCGGUGUUAAGAUGGCAUUGUCAGCAAACAGCAGUUCAUGAAUCAGCACUAUUUUUUACCUUGGUCUUUGCACAAGGCAGGCGAUAUUGAAAAGAUCUGGUAUGGAUGUACACUCCAUCUUCAUAGUCCCUGGAGGUAAACUGAAGAAACAUUGAGAAGAAAAUGGAGAAGAGCGUUGGUGCAAGUACACAGCCUUGUUUCACUCCUCUGCUAAGUGGGGAUAUCUCAGAAAUUGCUCCAUGGAAGGUUACUGUGCAUGUUUUUGUGAAAUGACAGUAUGAUUGUGAGCAGUCAUGAUGGACAAUCAAUUUUAUGCAAGAUACUUAACCGGCCACCCCGGCCUACAAAGUCAAAUGCUUUUGUAAGCUCUAUAAAGCAGUAUAAAGAGGCCUAUGCUGUUCACAACACUUCUCCUGCAACUGGCGUAAUGAGGAUAUCAUGGUUAUAGUUGAACUACCACAUCGAAAGCCACACUGGGACUCUGGAUAGAUGAGGUUAGCCAGAGUCUGCAAUUGCUUUAGGGUGUCAAGGGCAAAAGUCUUUCCAACUAAGCCAAGGAGAGAAAUUCCUUGGUAAUCAAAUAAUAGUCAUUGUUUUGUCUUGUUUAAUAUUGCUUAGCAUUCAUGAAAAUAUUCUUUGAUUCUCCGUUCUAAAAUAUCUGUAUCAUUACAUUUAAGACAUUAAAAGGAAGUUACAUAUUAACAACUUAAUUCAAAUGAAUCAUUGAAUGAAUAAUUACUUUUGUUUCAAAAGUUCAAUUUUUACUGACCAUUUCUAAAUAGAUGAUUUGAAUCAUAUACAAAUGCUCUCUAAAUAUAAUUUCAAAAGAGAAAAAUAACUCAAUAAAUAUCAAGGUAAGAUUUUGUUCUUGCAUGAAACAAUAUAAAACCAUGAUUUCGUCAUCGGAAACAUCUUCCUCAGCGUUUCAAAGGACAUCUUAAAAAGUAUAAUCAAUUGAGCUCAGUUCCUGAUUUCAUUUGUUUUUGUUACUCCAAUAUCUAAUAUUAUCAAAAUGAAAUAUUAUAUGCCUUUGAAGCUCUCUAAAUUUGUAAGUCUGAUUUUUUAAUUUUUUUUUUAACAUUGGUCUUUUAAAAGUUUUUUGAAAAUCUAGGGCUUUCCCAUGUCCUGUAAAAAUAUUUUUUUAAUUUCAUUCAUGGAAAGUACAUUUUCUGACACAUGAACUAACCAAAUGUUUCAAAAGUAAUAUGUUUUAAAUGUCUCCUCUAAAAUUUAGAAAAUUGCUACAGCAAUACAUAGUUUUCUUAUUACCAGGUAUUUAAAAAAUUAAUCUCAACAUUUAAACAUGUCUUAAUACAGGCCUGCACAACAUACGACCCGCCCACCAGCACCCACUUGGCGGGCCGCGAAGUAGCGACAUAUUCUUUUUAUUAUUAUUUUAUUAAUAGCUUUCCCCUUGUUUUAUCAUCUUUCGACCCGCAGAAGUUUUUCAUAAACUAUUACGGCCUGCCUUCAAAAUUGAGUUGUGCGGGCCUGUCUUAAUGUAUAAUUUAAUCAACCUAGGGCAUAAAACCAAAAAUAGAUGAAGCUGUUUGUGAUCACUUGGGAAUAGAUCUUAAAGCUCGCCAAGAGGAGCAGCAGAGGCGGAAACAUGAACAGCAGCGGCUAAUGGUGCAACAACAACAACUUCAGCAACAACAUUUGCAGAAUUUGAUCAACCAAAAUGUCAAAGCUGGUAUACCUUCCUUCUAAAAUUUUUAAAUAAACAAAAUUAAAAUUUCUGUUUUUAACCACUAAGUAGUUUUUUUUCUUAGUCUUAGUUUAUUACUUUUCAAAUUUAAAAAAAUCUGUAAAUUUGUUUCUGAAUAUCUGAACAGUAUUUGUUUUAAAGUUGCCUUUAAAUUCAAGAAUGAAAACAUCUAUAACAUUCAGAUUCAAUUUAUUUAAUUGUUUCAGGAAAUGUAUUAACUUAGUUAUGCAUUAGAAAAAGAGUUUUAAGCAAAUGCAGACAGUUUGUAAUUUAAAUAUAACUCAAAAUCAUUUAUCAAGGUUAUUUUAAUAUCAUUCUGAAGUUUUGUUGUUAGGGUCUUAAAUAUAAAACUAUCCCAUGAAAGAAAGAACACAGCUCAACAAUAUUUUUUAUAUUUUUUUAAAAACUUUAAUAGCAAUAUUUAAUAACUUUUUGCAAGAAAUAAUUAAAUCCUGUUGGUGUUAUUGCUUAUUAAAAUACAUUUGAAUUACUUUUUUUUUUAUAAUUUAUGGUUUUCAGAAGAUACUUUUAAUCCAGGAAUACUUCCUACACCUGGGGACUUGCCAUGGUCUCAAAAUUCUGGUAACUUUUUGGGAUCUUCUGUCUCGGGGAUGCCUGGACCAGGGGGAACAAAUCCUGUCACAGGUGGACCAUUUAAUCGUCAAGGCAUGGGCUUUGGUGGUAUGAUGCAGCCGUUUUCUUUUAUGGGUCCUUGGGGUCCAGGAUUACCUGGCAUGGAGGGUUUCAAUCAAACAAUGAACCCAAUGAUACCUGGGCAGCCAAUGAUACCAGCAUUUGGACCUGGAGGGUUUUCACCAGGUGUUGGUGGCCUAAAUUCUUCAUCAGCUCAUGGCACAUCUCCCAUGGCUAACCAGUCCACCCCUGACUUCAGUAAGCCACCACCUGGCCUGUCAAAUACUCCACUGCUUAGCUCUUCAUCAAGUAUUGGAUCUUCUCCUGGAGUUCCUGGAUUAUCUCUCCAGUCAAGUCCAGUUGCACCUCCAGGCAUUCACCCAGCUCCUGUUGGGUCUAUAAUUCGUCCACCACCUCCUGGUUCUGUUCCUCCUCCACCUGGAACAGUGCCAGUUUUACCACCAGGUGCAACAAUGGCACCUCCUGUGUCACCUAUGCUUCGUCCCAAUGUGCCAACAACUCCCAAUAUACCUGCAUUAAUUUCCCAUACCUUAUCAAAAGUAUCUAAAGAUGAACUCACUCCUGAGAAAAUAGCUGUGUUCAAGACCGCUGCUGCAUUUAUAACAAAAACUGUGAACAAUGCCCAAGGAACACCAGGUGCCGAUCUCGCAACAAUGUUUUCUCCUCGUGUUUUAGCUGAGGCUAUGAUGGCUGAGUCUGGUGUACCUUUGACUAAGCAUGAAAUUCGAGCUGCAAAGCGUAAAGAAAGAAUGAAAGAAUUUGAAAGAUUAAAAGCAGAAAGAGAGAAAGAGGAAGAAAAAAGGAAGGCAGUGGAGAGUGCUCAAGAAGACCCUCUGCCGCCUAAACAUAAUUUAAUGGAUGUAUUCGAUGCUGCUGAAGAUGUCUCUGAUGAUGAGGAAUCAUUUAAUAUGUUAAUUGAUUGUGCUGAGACAGAGGACAAACACAAACAGGGUAUUGUACUUUCUGAUGACUCUGACAAGGGGGAGGAAGAACAACCACCCACGAGUCAACCAGGAAAAAGGUACAUUUAUUUAUUCUACAUUAUUUUAUAAUCCAUCUUUAGCGGAAGCUUACAAUGAAGAUAUGAAAUAAAUAAUAAAAUUAACUAAGAUUACCUAAAAAUUAACUUUGAAAAGAAUGAAAAAAAAAUAAUUUAUAAUUAUACAUUUCAAAAAUAAUCUAUCUAAUCAGACUCAAACUAAAAAAUUGUAUUGACAUAUAUUGUAGUGAUGUGUAUUGUAAUUUCCCUUCUAAAUUGUUUUCCAGUUUAUGCUCUUGAAAGUCAAAUUCCACCUCACUGGGUGGGGGGUAUUUAUACUAAAUUAGAAGUUAUGAUAUUAAACAAAUUAAGUGUAAAAUUUGAAUUGAGGGAUGCAAUGAUGUAGAUAGGUAAUGUUAAUUUGUAUGCAUCUGAAAUUGAUUGAGUAAAUAAAAUUGUUAAAUUGGUAAUUUUCCUUUAAUUGACAGAGAACUGCAAUAUUCUUGUUAAUGUGCAAUUUUAAAACAUUUCAAUAAUUUCAUAAAGAAAGCAAUGUUAGUUUAUUACCAUAUUUUCCGGCGUAUAAGACGACUUUUUAACCCAUGAAAAUCUUUUCAAAAGUUGGGGGUCGUCUUAUACGGGGGGGGGGGGGGGGGGGGGUCGUCUUAUAAGCUGGUAUACAGCACAAACCCUAUAUAUUAACAGGAAAAGUAAGGGUUGUUUCAUAAGCCCAGUUGUCUUAUACUCCGGAAAAAAUGGCAAAUGAAAUAAAAACAAAAGAGGUUUCAUUUUAAAAAAGUAUUCUUCAAAAGAUAACUGUUUCUUUCUUAAUUUUUUUUUAAGAAAGAAAAUAAAAAGGAUUGGGGUUUAUUUUGAAUCGGUGCAAAGAAAGUAUUCAUUCAAGGUACUUAAUGUUGCAAUAAAAUAUACUUUUGCAACAGACCUACUUUUAUUAAUUUAAAUUGAGUACUCAAUAUUUUAAUAAAUUAAUAAAUAAACAAUUACAAGUACUUGAAUAAGCAUUUUGAAAUUAUUGGUUUCUUCUUUUUCUAAUUCAUAGUUAUUAGAGAAAUUUAAAAAAAUAAAUAAAACAUGAUAAGAAAAUUUCCUUCAUAAGCUUUAUUCGUCAAUUAAUUGUGAACUUUUUUGGCUUUCACAAAUUUUUAUUUUGAUAUUCUCAAGCUUUUUUUAAAAUCAUGUAGCAGCCCUGUGCUGCCAUGUAUGCACUUCUUCUUCAUAACUUGGAGGUAGAGGGUUUGAAUGUGUCUAGGUUGCUCCCAACUAUGUGCAAAAAUAGCUGUAUGAAAUGAGCUCAUUAGUUCAUCAAAGCUGAUGCUCUUGGGGAGGGAAACGUGAAUGAAAAGACUCAACAACCAAAAUGGCAAGACAGCAACACACUGGAUUGGGGAAAAUCAUAUGUGCCAUCCCAACACAAAGUGUCCACAGAAAAUUGGGUGGAAAACCGCUCCUUCUUCCAAAAAUUGUCACCGUGUCUAAGUGGAAAACAUUAGUGAUAACAAUCAGCUUGCUUUUUUAAUAAUCCUACUUUAUUGGAGCUUUUUUCUUUUUGCAGUCCUCACCACAUAAAUGGGAGUUCUUCGUGAGAAAAGAAAUUUCACUUAUCAAAGCUUGCUAAUAUUUCAACCUUGUAUGCCGGAUGUUUCUGUGGCCUGGCAGCGAUUGUUUCAAAAUAUGUUUUGGCUUUCUCAAAAUUUGAUAUUGUUGAGCAAUAAAAUCAAUUCAAAUCAAAAUCUAGAAUCUUAUUGCAUUGAGUACAGUUUUGGUUUCAGAAUUAUUAUUUUUUUAAAUAGUAUUGUUAUUAUUUUUUACAGAUUUUUUUGCAAGUGAUUAUUGGUUAGCAACUUUUAUUCUUUUAUUAUUCUGUUGAAAGUUUUGGUGUUGGAUUUCAUAAGCUCUGAAAUAAAACUUGGAACUAUGUAUUGUCUUAAACAUAGAAAUGGCGGAACAUUUCUAAACUGAACAUUUCUAAAAUUUAAAUAAAAAUAAUGAGAAUUCAUUAAAUUUAGUUAUACUUUUAAACUGAAAGAUUUUAAUAACCAAACUCAUCUAGAGCACCAGCUGGUCAGGGUUAUUUUAAAAUCAAAUUAUCUGAAUUUCUAAUUUUUAAAUAAAUGGUUUCCUCUAAGUUGCCUUAAUACAUUUUUAGGAUAUAAAACACAACUUAUGAAUUAAUUAUAAUUUCAUUUAUAUAAAAAAAACUCGGAUAAAUAACAAUUUUGCUUCAAUUUUCUUUGUAUUAAAGUUUUAAUAUUAUUUAUCGAUAUUUAAAAGAUAACAAUUAUUUUAGCUUCAUAGACUAGAUGUAGUUGUCUUAAAUUAAUUUAUAUAAAGUUUUACAAGAGUUUUACAAUUCCCUUGAGAGAUUGGGAAAUGUGUAAUUUAAAAUGUUAUCCUAUCAUAUUAACUAAAACUAAUGAAUGAUUAUAUAAUUUAAUGUAACAUAUACAUUGUUAGGCACAGUUCCUUUUGGAAAGUAAGAUUUUUAGGUUACAACCUCAAAAUGCUAAGAUUUAAAAAAAUUGUGAAUAUGCCUUCCCAUUAGAAAAUAUUUAAUUUAUUAAAGCUAAUUAAAUAUACAUUUUUUUUCAAAUGUUAUGUAUUAUUUAAUUUUUUUUUUUUUUUUUUUUUUUUUUUUUUUUUUUUUUUUUUUUUUUUUUUUUUUUUUUUUUUUUUUUUUUUUUUUUUUUUUAAAAAUUUAAAAUUUUUAUUUUUUUUUUUUUUUUUUUUUUUUUUUUUUUUUUUUUUUUUUUUUUUUUUUUUUUUUUUUUUUUUUUUUUUUUUUUUUUUUUUUUUUUUUUUUUUUUUUGCUUUCUCCUUUUAUUAAUUUUUUUUUCUAUUUUAUAAAAAAUGCAAAGUUCUUACAACAGAACAUAUUCUGAAUUAUGUGUCACAUUUAAAAAAGGAUAAUUUACAAAUGUAAAUGAUUUCCACUGCUCUUCUUGCUCUAUUUGAAUAGAUACAAUUUUGCAUGGGAUGUUGAUAAGGACAUUGGAGAACUUUCUGAUGUCACAGUCAGCUCUAUACAUACUAGUGAUAUUUCAUCAUUUGAAGACCUUUCAUCUGGUGAAAGUGAGAGUGAAAAUGAGAAAGAAGAUUCAAGGGAAAAUGCAGAGGAAACAGAAGUAAAAAGUAAAGGUAUAUGCUUUCAAUAUGAAAACUCUAUUAUUUGUGAUACAUAAUCAGGCUUUCUCCUGUAAAAAGAAGCAAAAUACUUUUUUUUAGGGUUAAUCUCAAAUUCAUCCACCUCUAUAUAGGUUUAACUAAACUGCUAAAUUCAAAUUAUAUCAACUUCCUACAGCAUUUACUCAUAUAUUUUCAUGAAAUUUACAAAUCAAGUUCAAAUACUACAAGAUAAAUUACACUUUCAGAAAGUCUCUUAAACAGUAUAAAAGAAAUGAAAAUAUUCUAUUUUAGCUGCAGGAGAGUCGUCAGAGCAUGAAGAUAAAGCUGUGCAAGAAACUCCUGUUGAAGAGGAGAAGCCAGCAGAGGAACAAUCAAUAAGUCCUAUAAACAAUGGGAAUGAACAAAAAGUGCUAAAAGUUGAGACUGAAGAACCAAUUCCGUCUAAGGAUCAACCAGCUGCAACUGACAUUUGUGAAGGUUUAUCUAAUAGUUGUUGACAAUAGUAGAAAUUAAAAUUAUUUUACCAAAUAAGUUCAUAUUUUAGCAAUAUUUUAGUUAGGUCGCAAUUUGAAGUGUGUGUGAUUGGUUGGUUUCAAUGUUCAAUUUAUUUGUCUUAAAAAUAAUUGACACUUUUUUUUUAUUGAGAAAAAAAUAAGGGUUUAUUUUGAUUAAUUUUAUUAUCUUUUCUCAAAGAAUUUCCACAUGGCUAAUGUAUUUUAAAAUUAUGUGUCCAAAUUAAUUUGAUGUUUUGAGAUAUUUUUCUUAAGUCAUUUUAUUCCUAUUUUUCAGUGUAUCCCAGCAAAACAGCUGAUAAUUUGGUUAAAGAUAAGAGUGCUGAAGUUGUGAAACCCAGAAAAUUAGUAUCACUGCAAUACAAUUAUAGUGACAGUGAUGAAGAAGAAACACGAGAGGAAAGGAAGGCUAGAAUUGUAAGCACUUACACAAUAUCUUUCUUUUUGUUUGAAUUUAAUGUUUAAUCAUCUAUUUAAUUUAUGGAGAUAUAAGACAACUAAAAUUAUUUGUAAAUAGAUUUAUUAUAUUGACAUUAGCAUUUAUACAAAUAUAUUUUAUUUUAUCUCUACUUUUUGUUAAAUAAGAUUUAUUUUAAAUUGUAGAACACUCCUUAAUAUUUAAAUACUUAAACAACUGUAUUAAAUACAUACUUGUGGUAAAUGUUUUAGUUAUUGCUUGUGGUUUAUUCUCUGUUCAGGCCUGGGUAAUUAUUUUCACUGAACAGCAGCAUAGAAAUUAGGAGUAUUCUUGCAAGCUAAGAUAGGUUUAUCUUCAAUAUUAAUCAAAUUUGUUAUUGAAAAAGUUUGUCAGUUGAUCAUUUUUCUUGUUUUUUUAAGUUAAUUCAAACAGAACCAUAAAAAAAGUGUCAUUAUUUCUGAAAUUACUUAAAAUUUUUAUUUUAUUUAUGUAUUCCUCUUUGCCUUUAAAAUAAAUUGUUAAGUUUGGUUGCUUGCAUUCGUCAUAACUUGCCCAGGCCUGAAUGUGAUUGAUUACACAUGAACCCAUUCAUAUUUAUUAUUCCUGUCUAAUUAAGAAUGUAAACAUAUUUCAGGCCAAAGAAAAGGAAGAGAGAUAUUUAAAACGUCAGCAACGUAGAGCUGAGAUAGAAGCAAAGAGAAAAGAGAGAGAAGAAGAAAAAGCACGCCUGAAAGAAGAAAAAAAGAAACAAAAAGAAGAAAAUAAAUCAGAAUCUCAGGAAGAUCAAAUGUCCCAGUCUAUUGCUGGUAAUGUCAAUUUGAUAAUUAAAUUUAAACAAACAUUAUUUGUCAGAGGGAAAUGUGGAGCAGAAUUGGUUAAAAUUUUUGUAUUUUUGCUUUAAUGGAAACGAACUGGCAACAUCUUUGUGGGACCAUAAGUAAAGAAAAAACAACUAAAAUUUCAUAACAUCUUAUAGAGUUUUGUGGUAUAAUGGACAUUCAGCUAUGAUGUUGAAUGUGUACCAAUAAUUUCAGAUAGGAUAUUAGCCUUACUGGUAAGACAAUUAUCAGGAAGGGAAAGAUGAUUUGCAAUGAAAUAAAGAUUUGAAAUGAGGAAAAAUAACGUGAAGUUGUGUAGGGCACCAAUUAUUUCAUUUACAUUAAUUUUCACCUUAUCAUUUUCUUCUAGAUGUCUCAGUAGCAGAAGAUGCCAACACAAGCACAACUUCAACUGCAGAUCAAGACUCCCCUGUUAAGACAUCAACACGAAAGCGUAGGAACAAGGCGGAAAUUAAAGAACAACUUCACCAGCAAAAGGUUUUCCACCACUUUUUUAAGUUACAAUUUCAAUUUUUAUGCUGUAGUGUUUGAAAGCACAGAUCUAUUCUAAGGCAUGUGUGUCAACCUUUUGCAGUCACGUCACUGUACAGUCUCCCAGAAUUCCUGUUUUUAAAAAAAAACAUGCCUAAAAAAAAAUGAAAUUCUGAAAAACUACAUUUUUUAAUUGGUAUUUAGAUCAUGGUAUAAUGUUUUUCCAUUCAAGCAAUCUUUAUCAAAUUUUAUUAUGUCUUGGAUUGGUUAUGAAACCCAAACUCGAACCUGUGUUAAUACUACACUGUAAAACAGAUGUAAUUCUGCCAUCACCGAGUCCAACUUUGUAAUACCAGUUUGUAUUUAAAAAAAUUUAUUCUCAUUGAUAAGGAGGAUUAGAAAAUAUAGAAAAUUGUUAUCUAGCUACUUGCAGCUUGUUUUGCAAAAAUCUUGAUUUUUUCAAAUUUUUAUGCUCACAGAGAAUUUUGUUAUUCAAUCAGUUUGGAAUUUUGAGAGCUAAUAUUUCUCUGACAAUUUAGAUUCCAGAUGGAUAGAAUAAAAAUAAAAGGAUAUAAUUUAUAAAAAUAAUCAAAGCAGUUCACAGUUGUAUUAAACUUCCCCAAGGCUAAAUAAUCUGAGGGGAAAAAAGAAGAAACGCUCUUAACCCCCAAGGCUAAAUAAUCUGAGGAAAAAAAAAGAAGAAACGCUCUUAACCCCCAAGGCUAAAUAAUCUGAGGAAAAAAAGAAGAAACGCUCUUAACCCCCAAGGCUAAAUAAUCUGAGGAAAAAAAAAGAAGAAACGCUCUUAUCGAAAAAAAUAGAUUUAAAUUACAUAUUAUAAAGCCCAAUGCUAAGGUUCAAAUAAUUGUUUUUAAAUAUUUCAUAGCAAAUAAAAUAUUUGCUGACACUUGUUUAGAUUUACGAUAAAAGAAUGUUUUAUUUUGUUCAGUUACUGACUAAAACGUUCUGAAAGCUACUUCAAUUUUCACUAACAGCAACAAGUCUAUCUGUCAAUAGUUACCGCAUUUGCUAUAUAUGUAGAUAUAUGUAGAUAUCACUUUGCACUUUACACAAAAUCCAUAAUGCUAGCGUUAGAUCCUACACUGACCAAAAGUCACUUUGAAUGGACCAAUGAGCUUUAAGUUUCAUUUGACCAAUAUUGAUUUGAUUCUAAGAGAUAAAGUAAGAUUAUGAUCGCCAAAACCAUUUUGAACAUGUGCAAUAUUCCAAGAAAUAACCUGGAAAAUCGGGUACACUGAUCCUACACUGACCAAAAGUCACUUUGAAUGGACCAAUGAGCUUUAAGUUUCAUUUGACCAAUAUUGAUUUGAUUCUAAGAGAUAAAGUAAGAUUAUGAUCGCCAAAACCAUUUUGAACAUGUGCAAUAUUCCAAGAAAUAACCUGGAAAAUCGGGUACAAAAUUGUGUAUUUUUGAAAUUGGAAAAAUCCAGAUACAAAAAUGAGGAAAUUGUAUCACUUUGGAUGCAUGUGUAUAGUCAAUGAUUGUCUUUGUUAAAUUUUUUUUUUAAAGUUCCCUGACAUGUUUAUUUUUCUCCAUACAUUUUUAGGUCUUAGAAAGAAAAGCAGCCCUACGCCGCCAAAGGACACGCAAUCGCAGAUACACUUCCGAAGAAUUCACUAGCAUCUUCUCAGAGCGCAAAACUUUAAAUCAAAGCUACACAGAGCCAGUCUUGGCGUCUCAAGAAAUAGUAACUUUCGAUGGUAGCUUGGAAAUAGUUGAGAUGACAGUUGAUCAGGUAUUCUUUGCUACACAUUCUUUUAUUUUAUUAUCAAGGAUGUAACUUUUUAUUUUUCAAAAUUUUAAUGUUUUCUCAAUUUGAAUUUGCAUCACAAAAUGUUUGAAAGAACGAUUUUUUUUCUUCAAUUUCUUGUACUAGGAAAUUCUUUUAUUUUGUGUAUCUUAAUUGAUAUUUUGUAAAUGAAGAGUUAUAUCACUUAUAUGUUAAGAAUGUUUGUUCUUACUGGUCUAGCUAAUGAUUACUGUAAAAAAAAAAAAAUGAAUUCCACAGGAGUGUGUAGUUGAAACUGUUGGUGACACUGUUGAGGUAGUUGUAGAUGCAGACAAGAUGGAUGAUCUGACCUUGCAGUGUCCAUCUCCUUAUAGUGACAUAUCUGACAAGUCGAUGUCAGACAAAUCAGAUGAUCAGCAAAUGGCAGUUGAGAUGGAACAGGUCUCAUCAGAUGAAGAUCUGGAUUCUGGAGAUAACAACACAGGUUAGUUAUUGUUACUUAAAUUAAUGAUUUUGAGAGCAUAAUUUAUUUGCGUAAUGAAAGGCACAUUAAAUGUACAGUUAAGCUAUCUGCACAUAUCACAUAUCUAUUUUUGUUAAAAACACACAAACAAACAGAGAGAGAGAGAGAGAUACUUGCUAAUAUGCCCAGCGUUGCCUGGAAUUGCAUUAAAAAAAAAAAAAAACUUCUACAAAAAACUUUUUUUAAACCUCAAUAUUAGGGGCCCUGUAAAAAAAACAGGUUGCUAAAAUAAAAAAUUGACUUUUAUAUUUCUCUUACAUAAAAAGGGAUCCUGUUCCUUUUUGGAUCCUGUUCCCUGUUGGAACCCCAUUUCUCAUGGGAUCUAAUCCCUGGUGGGAUUCCAGUUGCUGAUGGGAUCCCAUUCCUUUUUGGAACAUGUUAGGCUGUUGGAACCUCAUUUCCCAUGGGAUCUAAUCCCUGUUGGGAUUCCAGUUGGCUGUUGCUGAUGGGAUCCCAUUCCUUGUUAUCCCAUUCUCGGUGGAAUCCUGGUCCUUGUCAGAAUCCCAUUUCACAGUGGUUUCCCAUUGCCCAUAGGGAUCCUGUUUCUUGUAUGCAUCUUAACCUAUUCUCUGAUGGAAUCCCAUUCCCAGGUGGUUUCCCUAUGGAUCAAGCUCUCCAGUGGGAUCCCAUUCCCGAGUGGAUUCCAUUUCCAGUUAGCAUCUUGUUUCAUGAGAUACACUUAAAUUUAUCCCUUCCGCAACCUAUAUACGUAAAAGCUCAUAAAGUAAUCUAAGCUUCAACUUAAUUUAUGUUUAUUUCAAAGGCCUUUUUAAGGGAAUUUUAAUUUGGAACCUUUAAUUCUUACUCCAUAACAUUUGAGGAAACUCAGUGAAAGUUAUGGAAACAUAGAAACAUAAUGACAUUUAUUUAAUUUUAAAAUUAAAGCAGUUUUAGAAAAAAGUUGAAGUUUCUAAAAUAAUGUAGAAACUUUAAGAAAAUUAUAAAAAAUAACUUCAGUGAUACUGAAUAAAUUUCCAGGAGGGUAUAGAAAUCUAUAGAACUAUACAAACAGUCCCAUAAAAUCUACAACAAAAUACCAUAACUAUAACCUUUUUUUAUUUAUGUUAAAACAGAGGGCCCACUCCAGAAGGUACAAUUUUAGUUAUGCCCAAGAUAUGGGGCCCUAUAAAAAUCAUUCCGAUAAGUAAUCAAGUUAAAAAUUUAAGUUGUCCCAUUAAAAUCUGUAUAAAAAUGACUUAGAGCCAGCCUUUUAAAUUAUCAAACUUUCUGGAGAUUUUAUACUGGCCCUGAAUAGAUUGGAUAUUAUUACUUUUAAAUCCACUCAUAAUUUUAUAUGUACUCCUAAAAAGUGAUGCUACUAAGCUUGGGCUAGAUCGAUAAAUUCUAGUAAAAGCCUAUACAAUUAACUAAGCUUACUGUUAUUUAUAUAGCUUAUAUAAGGAAAAAUGAAUUGGGGCCCCAAGGGAGUGGAUAUUAUGAGUUCAGUACCCUUUGGUAUUUGAAUAUGGAUAAUCUGUGUAUGUGUACUAAGUUUUUGCACGAUCCAUCUAUUCAUGUAGGAGUAUUUGUUGGUAAUUUUAUUUAAUUAGCUCAUAUAAGAAGAAAACAAUUUUAGUGGCGCACACCCCCCAAAAGGAAUAUUUUUUAAAGUUCAAAACCCCCCAGUAUUUCAUUCUGAAUAAUGAUGGAUAUGUUUUCCAUGUUUGGUCAAGAUCCAUCGAUACAUGUUGAUAUGAUGUAAAUUAGGGGUGUGCCGGAAUCCGGUCCGGAAUCCAGUUCCGCCAGAUUUUGCACUAUCCGGUGAAAUCCGGUUCCGCCGGAUUUACAUGUAUCCGGAACAACCGGAAUCCAGAAUAUAGCGGAUUUCGGAAUUUGCCAGAUUUUGUGACUCACCGGAUCAUAAUCUGAAAUAAAAGUAAUUCUCUUUCCCGAAUUCCACACGAUUACGAUACAUUAAUCGAUUGUUUCGAACGUUGAGCUUGUUUAAUGUUUAAUAUUCCGAACAUACCAGAGGCUAGAGUCAGCACCGCUAAUAGUGGCCAAUAGUAGGGACUUUGAUAAGAAAAUUUUAACUUUUUGUAAAAAUAAACCAAUGGCAUAGUUGAAAAGAGUUAAUUUUUUUAAAGAAUUAUAACACCAAAACCAUAUUUUUAGCUGUUGUAGUUUUAAAGUUAUGAAUUUUUUAAGUACGACUUGGUUUGUCAUUUUUUAACAUGGACUGCAUCUCCACAUUCUGUGAUCUCAUUCCGCCAAUCCCGUCAUGCGCAAUGACUAUAUAGUUUAUAUACGGCAACGCAUUCCCUGGCUUAUCACUAAAAUGCUGUUUAGACUUAGUUUAAACUUUCAACUUUGGCACAUGAAUAAUUAAUUAAAGCUUUCCCUGACUAAUGUUUUAAUAGUUUUUGCACACAGCAAACUCUUAUGAAUGAAACUCUGAGAUAGUACUACGAUAUAGGCAUUAUGCAAGUGGCUGUGAAUGGUUGCCAAUGACAACGUGUUGAUAAUUUAUAAUAUGGAUUCUACCGGGUUGUUAAAGCUCAAAUUAAAACAUUCCAGUUUAAAUGUCUUUAAAAUGCAUUCUGAAACACAAGUUAUCAAUUAUUUUGAUGUAAAUAGUGAUAAUAAAUUAAUAUUUCCUAAGUAUCGUCAACUUCCGCCAUUAAAAAGGGGGGCGUGGCCAACCCCAUGGCGAAAUUAGGUUGAGCGAGCUGCAUGACCUGCUGCGAACACGUAGAAACAUGGCGUCUCUCGUAAGACACUUAUCGCUGUGAAAAUUGGCAUACAUGUAGAUCAAUAGAUUCCCCAGAUGCAAAAAAAAUUUGGUAGUGACAAAUUUUUUCCUUCGACUUAAUUUUAAUGAUGAAAGUUGCCUUAUAUUUACCAAGGAUUUUCUCAAAGCUGACUGAUUGUAAAUGAAAAAGUAAUUGAUUAAAAUGUAGGCCAAGAUGUCUACCUAAUUAUAAGGCCGAAAACGGAACUCAAAUAUAUAUCGAAAGUACUAAUUUAAUAAUAAAUAGACACACACAUCGGAAAAUUAAAAACUCAGAUUUUUUGGCGCCGAUUGCGAAUUCCCAUACACAAAAAGUAGUAGUCUACCUUGACUUACCGAAGUAUCUACCAAUAGUACCGGAAUCCGGGAGAAACCGGAAUCCGGAUUAUUCCGGAAUCCGAAUCCGGAUCCGGCGGAUUUCGCAUAAGAAAAUCCGGAUCCGGUUGGAAAAAACGGAUCCGGCACACCCCUAAUGUAAAUUGAUAUUUAUAUAUCUAUGGUUUUGAAUAUCUUGAAUGUAACUAUAUGUGUACAUAUGUAAGACUAUUUAACCACCAAGAUGGGUCAGUUUCAAGUUUGAGUAGCUUUAUUACAUGAAUCAAACAUCAGUGGUAGAACAGGGAAGGAUGAAGGUGACAGCAUAAGUGGUGUAUUCAUAAUUCUUUUGACUGCCCAAUGCAUUUUACUGGUUUAUAUUUAUAUAUUCCCACUUAAAGUGAAAGAUACUGUAUAUCAGAAUUACUCAGAGUCUGGCCUGCGAGGUCAUUUCCACAGGCCUGCUCAUGUUUUCCGUCAUUGUAAAAAUAAUGUUUUGAUGCACCUUGACAUAUCUCAUUUGUGGGGCUAAAAACAAAGGGACUCUUUAAUGAACACUACCCCCCCCCCCUUUCCCUUUAAAUUGGACUCGAUCUUGCCAGUUGUCUUAGGGUAGUUUAACCAAAUUUGAUACAUCAUUCAUCAGUCAGUCAUGUGUUCAAGGUGAGCAGUGAAUUUGCAGAUGUAAUGGCAAUGGACGUAAGAUGGUAUAAAUUUCAUAAGGAGCAAUUUAAUUCACGUUAAGAACAUGGCGCUUUGCCCAGUGAUGUAAGAGGGAUAAGACAAGGAAGAGCUUUGGAUACUUCACCAGAAAAUGAUAGAGUUCCUCAAAACUGUGUCAUCAAAGAAGGCUGGGGAUUAUGGAAUUUAUCACAAAUGUGAACAAGAUAGUAACUGUUGCUGAACUACCUACCUUAAUGAGCUUAUUAUUUUGCUGAAAGGUCAGAAAAAUACCGUCAUGGAGGCUCAAUAGAAAUGGCAUUCCUAUGAGAAGAAACUUGCACCAUCUACCAUUGUUUUGGAAUCAAUUCAGCUGUUGCAUUUUCAUACAGUCUGUUAUUUUGUUACUAAAGAACCAUUGGAAGAACAACGAGGACUAUUCAGGCUCUCCAUGUUGUACCUGAUAAAAAAUGGGCUGGUCCACUGCUCCAGCAUUAAACAGAAACUCGUCCAUCUCCCCCCUAGACAGCAAUGAGGCCAUGACAGGCAGUUCGGGCUAAUAAAAACAAGAACUCGGUACAGGAGCUCCUCAUUCCUGCCAAAGACAAUAAGGGACUGGAACAAGCUUCCAAAAGCAACAGUUGAGGCGACUACACUUGACACAUUUGCGUCUACUGCCUCCUGUCUUCCAACCCCCAGUUCAUAAUACCACAGCUGAGCAGCCCUUGCAACCAGUGAAGUAUCCACUUCAAAACCAUGUACAGUAACAUCACAAACCCCUCUGAAACAUAGGAGCCAGAAUGAUCAAUUCAUUGCUCGUGGGCCCUCAAAAUAUAGAAGAAGAAGAAGACUUACAAGAUGAGUUUUCAAGCCUAUUUAUUUCUUACACUGAAAGAUUUCAGCAACCACAGAAAAGAAUAUGAAUGAUGCGUUUCUUUUAAUAAAGUUAGUGAACUAAAACAGUGCUGAAGUUAACGUUCAUUGUUAUUUAGUAGUAUGUCUGUGACAAGAAAAUAGCUCUAUUUUAAAAUGUUAAUAUGCAAAAUUGUAAUCUAAAUUUUCAGUAAAAUUUACGAUAAAUUACUUAUUGUGCACUAUGUAUGGUAGGCUGUACUAGCAUAAAGUCAAAAUGGGAUAGCACAGGGGAGGACAGGUUUAACCCUCUAGGCAUAUCUAAAACCAAAAUGGGUCCCGCUGACCUAAAAGUUUGAGUACCCCUGCUUUAUAUGGAGGGGAUCAAAUCAAAGCAAAAAUUGUUCUGGUAGAGAAAGAUUAUCCUCUUUUGGUUUGUCUUUAUUUCCAAGGUCCACUUGCACAUUUCAUGUAAUCAUAUUAUAGGAACUGUAUUUGAUAGAAACAAUAUUCUUCCAUAUACUUUAUAUGCUAAUAUAAAGCUUUAAAUGUGUAUACAUUUCAGAAAAAAAGUUUGAGGCUCAGUGAUUCUGUCAAUUCUGAUAAAUUAAUACCACCUAAUAAGUUGCUCAGUUUGUGUUUUUUUUUAACAGUUAUUGGUUUAAUAUGAAUGUGUCUGUUCCUCAUCUUUCCAGUUACUUAUAAUUUUAUAUUAAAAAAAUAUAAACUCUUAGUAAGGAUGCUGCUUUUUUUUAAUGUGUUACAGAAGAUGAUACCAAUAAAGAUAUUGCAUCAUCUAAGCAAGAUUCUGAUUCAGAUGAAGGUCAGUUACAUGAACAAGAUGAUUUGUCAACAAGAAUCACUUCAAGAUCUAGAUUAGGCAGCAGUCAGAGUGGUGGUGACCUUUUGAAAGAAGGAGUUGAUCAAAGGUUAAGAUAUUCAUUUUUCUGUAAAUAAAACUUGGUAUGUUAUGUCAUGUAACUUAUGCUGUAUAGUUGAUUGGGGUUGGUUACUUAUAUCUUUAAAUACAAAAUUAUUUUCUCUACAUGUAUGAUGUAGAUUUAGGUAGAGAAAAUUAAUCUUCAAUUACUAUGUUUCAGGAAGUCACCUGAAGUGUUGGAGAAUCGUAGAAGUCAGAGAUAUGAUGUUGAUGAUCUUUACAAACCUCGUACUAUUCAUAGAAGGGUAACUACACCACCUGUCUCAGGAUCUGAUUCAAAGUAAAGUUAUUUUCCUUCUCCAUCUCCCUCCACCUCACAUGGAACUUUCUGUAUGUUUUUAUAUAUAAAUAUAAAUGUCAUUUCUAAAUAAAGCUAUUUUUGCAUUAGGUCAUAGAACAAUUAAAGAUUAAAUUAAAAUUAUUAGUGCUAUGUUCUCUAAAUACUUUCCUAAAUAUUUUUUUAUCUUCAUUUUGCAGAUCACAAAAGGAUUUAUCGGAUGAUGAGAAAGCCUCACAACUUAGUAGUGGGGAAGUAACUAAAAACCCAGCAUUGGUCGCUGCAAUUGACAACCCCAAAGAGAGCAUAGUGGAGUCCACUUCAGUUGAAGGGGAGACGGACAAUGCUAAAGAACCAGUGGACAUUAUGGCCGACUUGGAGCUGGAGCCUGUGUCAGAUGAAGAUUCUCCACUUGAUGAAUUGGGUGCUAGCAGUCCAGCAACAGAUGUUGAUAAAGAAGAUGGUGAAGAGAGAGAUUCUGAUAAAGAAACGGCAAGUGUGAAAAGGGAAUCAUCGACAACUGAGGUCUGUGCAACAAAAAAUAGCACCAAUGUCAAAGAGGAGGAGGAAGCGUCGGAUGAAGGUGAAAUAAAAAGUGAUUCAGAUGAGGCUGUUGAGGAAAGCAAAGAAGACAAAGAAAGAAAUGUUUACAAAAAACCAAUAGAGCUGGUAGAUUUUGGAGAAGCUGAGAAGAGAGCCAGAGGUACUCGGAGCUACUAUCCUGAGGCAACUGAUAGGAGAAGAGGUUCAUCCACACAGACUCUUACUCACAGUUCUUAUCGGGGAGCUUAUCCUGUAUGGACACCAAUAGAGUAAGCAAUGGAAUUAUUAUAGAUUUUUGGAUUUUUCUGUUUUUAUCCCAAAAAUUAACUUAAUUUGAGCCUAAUUUAAGGCACCUUAAAAUCCUGUUUUUAUGAAUAUUGUUUAAGUAUUUAAUGAGUUUUAGAUUGAUUCCUUCUUUUUUUUUUUUUUUUUUAAUUAAGGGAACCAAUUAAUAUAAAUAAAAAUAUUACCAUUUUUAAUGCACAAACUUAUAAUUAAAAAAUAAAUUUAUUUUUAAAGAAAAAAAAAUCCUGUUUUUAUGAAUAUUGUUUAAGUAUUUAAUGAGUUUUAGAUUGAUUCCUUCUUUUUUUUUUUUUUUUUUAAUUAAGGGAACCAAUUAAUAUAAAUAAAAAUAUUACCAUUUGUAAUGCACAAACUUAUAAUUAAAAAAUAAAUUUAGUUUUAAAGGAAAAAUAUUUAUGGACUAUGAAAUAUUAAGAUAGCAGUGAAGAUGAAGAUGUUAUAAUAAAAUUGUUUAAGCACAUAUUUUUUUUUAAAUGCUGUCAUUAUUAACACUGACAAUUUUUAUCCCCACAAAUAGGCCUAGUAAUUACUCAUCAACCAGCUCAAGAUUUCCUGUUACUCUUGACGGGAUAACACCAACCCAUGUGAAAUCACCUAUAGGCACCCCAUAUGAUGGUGCCGACUCGGAGGCAAGUUCACACAGCAGGUCGUCUGUGCGGGUCAGGGAUGACAUUCCUCCUCCAUAUCCUAUUGAAGGUGUCUCCAGCAGAAAGCACAGAUCUCCUGGAUCAGAUCAAGGGUCCUCAUCAGUCUACAAGCCGCCAGUUUCACCUCCAUCCCCUGUAUCAUCAUCCUCACGAUCACUGUCAUCGUCAUCUUCAAGGUCACGAUCAAGUUCAUGCUCCAGUUCACGCUCAUCAUCUUCAUCAUCUUCAAAUUCCUCCCGUCAUAAGAAAAAAUUAGCACGAAAACAAAAACGACGUAGAAAGAGCAGGAAUAAUGACAGUGAGAAAACAUCAUCUAUCCGAUCUCUCUCUAAAUUGCCGAACCAAGAAAAGAAUUUCUCACCCAUAAAGACCCCUGAUAUCAUCCCCAAACCUGCAGCAGAUCCAACACCAGUAGAGAGGCGUCUCUCUUCGGGUCAUGAGUCAAUAUCAUCGGAUGAGUUACCAUACUUUCCAGACGAAGAGCCCCAGCCUCCUUCUCCACCCAAAGUGAAAGUUAGGAAGAAGCGGUCACGUGGAAAAUCUGCUUCUGAUAGUUCUUCCAGUCCACCAGCACAGAAAAGAAAGAGAAGUGAAGGUUCAUCUGAUAAAGCAUCAAUUUCUUCUAGUGAAUUGUUGUACUCUCCUACACGACGCCAAGCUCAGAUAUCAGGACAGAGUAAGGAAGAUGUAGAUGAGGACCAGGAUUCCAUUGAGCGUCCUCCUAUGUCACCUGGCAGAAGCUCCAUAUCCUCAGGAGAACUGCCAGAUUAUCCUGAUCAGGACCAAGCUUUCAUGGAAGGCUUCUCACCUCACCACCCACCAUUACCUUCAGAGAUACCACCCCUUCCUCAAGAUAUUGAUGGUUUCCAGCCUCCAUUACCACCAUCACCUCCCCUAUCCUUUAAUGUCAGGCCACCACUUCCACCAUCUUUGCCUUUUGAUGAUCCCAUACCACCUUUCCCAUCAGACGAGGAAGAAGGGGAAAUAAUUGAUGAUGUGCAAGUUGGUUACAGUACAAAACGUGCAGAACACUAUAGGCAAGAACUAAACAUAUCAUCACCAGAGGCUAAAUUUAAUGUGACCAAAGCCUUGACUUUUCCUGUUAAAUUAACUGAACAGAUAUUGUUACCAGAAACAGGAGACCUGUCCGCUGUUCUUUCAAAGGAACAUGAUAAUGUUAGCUCACAUACAGUGUCAACUGAAGAGCACACUUCAAUCCAGACAACAUCUACUUCAGAAAGUGUGAAACAUGUCUCAGAUUCACAGUUUCCGUCAGACACCCCUAAAUCAAACCUAGAAUUGCAUCAAGUACCUCUAAAACCUAGCUCACCACAAUCAUUUACAGAUUCAAUCAAACAGGAGUCUUCAUGUACUGGGAAUUCACAAUCACAGCCAAAUAUUUCUACCAUUACCCUAGAGUUGGAGUCAUCAUUAAAUUUACCUAGUAGUGCUCAUCAUGUUGCAGAGCAGUCAGCUGUGAGUUCACCAACUUCUGAAAACAAAGGUAUAGAGCAGCCCAUGACUGUACCUCAAACAACUCAAUGUUUAGAUGUGCCUUUAAAAGUAGAUCAGUCAGAUUCAAUCUUAAAUUCUUCAGAUAUGCCCUCAACCAUAGCGAUAUCUGUUUUAUCUUCCACAAUAGAAUCAUUUGAGCAUCAACCUGUUGAUGAAAGUAUGCAUAAAUUUGAAGCAUUGACUUGUGCCAGCUCUGGCAUUAAUAGUUUAAAAAAAUUGAAGUCUCCUGCUUCAGACUCAACCAUAGAAGCGGAAUCCAUUAAAAUUGGUGUUUCCACUGUAAAUGAGGUUACAAUUUCACAAAGUAAUGAUGCUGAGGUCAUGGUUAUUCCCAUAUUGAAUGAUUACCAAACACCAAACACAUGUUCUGAACCUAAUUCAUAUGUGACAAGUAUCAAUCCAUCUGCCAGGUCAGAUUUAGAAAAUCUCUCAGCACCUCAUUUAUCUCCAGCUUCUACAGAAGAAAUGAAACGCAUUGCUGGAAGUCCUAAAACAUUUCAAGUCACGGAACAAAAUACCGGGUCACCUCUGAUGUCUGAAUACACAACAACUUUAAUUGUUUCUGAUUACCCUCUGUCAACUGCUGAAGAGCCACCGCAAGAGCUUGAACCAGAGGUGAACCGCUCGGGUAAUGUUAAGACACCUGAGCAUUUCUCAGAUAGCAUAAGCCUUUUAGAAAAUACCAUGACUCCAGAGCCACCAUGCUUACUGGAGGAUAGUUGCUCACCCUGUAAAAUAUCUCUCUGCACACCUGAACCACCUCAACUGUUGAAGGAGGGCACUUCACCUGAGAAAACAUCAGAUGCAGUAUCUGAUUCUAAAGCAACUGAAAGAUCACCGGUCAUGCCCUCUUUGAGACCAUCCCAGCAAUUUCUUUCUGUUUCAGAAGCAUUGAGGUGCAACUUACAACAUGUUUUUUCUAUGGAUGAGUCUAAUAAUCAAAGUAUAACUGAUCAAUCAAUGAUUAUUGAACAGAUGAGCACAGAUUCUAAAGGGACCACUGAGUUGAAAAAUCAGAAUGUAAAUUUGGAAACCUUAAAUUAUGCAUCACCAUUAAGUCAUUCAUCAGAAAAAGUCAAUUACUCUCAAGAAAAUACAGCAUUACCUCCUAUACAAAUGCAUGCACCUGUAACAGAAAUAAACCAGGUUCCAAUUUACAAUACACAAUCAGGCUCUGACUUAGCAAUCAUAACUAAAGAUGAUGUGUUAAACCCUAUAUCCAAUGUUCUAGAGGUGAAUGCAGGACUGAAAACAGUUUCCAUCGAAGAAAAAGUAAGUCAUCCAGAUACCCCUGUAAACAUUGAAGAAGCAUCUGAAGCUUCAAGAGAAUCAAAAUCUCCAGAACUGACCGAUGAGAUAACCUCUGUGCACAGAGCGCAGUCGGUGUCUCUUACAAAUUUAACUGCAUCUUUGCCAGGAAGUAGGAAGCGCUUGCUUGAUGAUCCAAGUGAUUGGUCUGAUACAAGUGCUGCAUCCAGUGAAAGUAGCCAGAAGAAAGGCCGUAAAGUAUUGAAUGUUGAUAAUGAUACUGAAAGCAGUUCUUCUCGACCAGGCACUAGAUUGCAUCAGCAGCAAGAACUUGCUAAACCUCUAACUAGAGGAAGAUCAAACUCCAUGCCUUCUAGAGACACCAGACAAAGAAAAGAAAAGGAUAAAAGUCCUCCGGCAAAAAAAGCUAAGAGAUAGCUUCAUUAAGUUAAUCUCUGUAUUUUUUCCCCCCAACUGUAACCUAUGUAGAAUAAAUAUUGAUGUGCUAUUUUUGUAAGCCCAUGGAAAUGCUCUGUGGAGUGUAAAAGUAUGAAAUAAAACAGUUGCCAUAGUGUCAAUUUUGUUAUGGUAUUAUUGUAUGUUAAGAGAUAUCACCAUGAAAAAACAAACAUGCCUCUACCUUAAUAUUUUGGGCCAUUUAAGAUUCUAUCAUAUUUUAAUAUUAAUUCAAUUUUAUGAUAUACUUUAUUAUUAUAGUCAGAAAUAAAGCUUUGAAAGUAAAUUGGUACCCAACCAAUUCAGUUAUCCAG